GUAUGUGUAAUAUUGACGUCGCGCACCUAAACGGCGUCCCGAAAUAUUUUGCCUAUCAAAUCAAUAGCAUAGAACCGUCAGUUGAUUUAAAACUUGUGAUCUGUGAAUACGUAUAGUACAAAUUAGUAAUAGCAUUCGGAAGUCUUCACGAAAUGUUCCGACUUCGGAAUCUAAAAAUCCAUCUGUUUUGGAAGAUCUACUUGUGUACAUUAUUUUGUUUAAUCCUGUACAAUGAGUACCUAAUACACAUUUUCCACAGCAUGCACUGGUCCCCAAUAGAAUGUCAAACAGAUAAAUGUUUGAGGAUUCUGCUAGUGGCUGAUCCACAAAUAUUAGGAAACACUUUCGAUACCAAGCUGUAUUGGCCGCUGGCAAAUUAUGACUCAGAUAGGCAACUGGCGAUUACUUACCGCAGGGCGCUGCAACACACCAUCCCAGAUGUAAUAUGCUUUCUCGGAGACCUGAUGGAUGAAGGCAGCGUAGCGACAGAUGAUCAGUAUGAACAGUAUUUUCAGAGAUUUGUCAGGAUUUUUAUACAGCCGGAAACCCGUAUUUCGAUGAUCUACAUUCCAGGAGACAACGACAUAGGAGGAGAAGGCUAUGAAGCCGUUUCUCAGGAUAAUAUCCAACGCUUCAAGCGCUACUUCAAUGAACAACCACAGUGGGUGCUGCCAAACGGAGCAACAUUUUUCAAUAUCAAUCGCUUCAGUAAAGUUAUGCCCGAACUGCAAGAUAACAAUGCCGGUGCAGACCUCUACUCGAUUAUCCUCAGUCAUAUGAGUUUACUGAAACAGACUGAUCAUUUUUCCCUGAAAGCCCUUGAAACAUUUCAACCGGACGUAAUAUUUUCAGCGCACGAUCAUACCUCCAAGUACACCAUAGUUCAAAAAGAUGCGCUAUUAACCAACCCUCCCUCUCUGGCACUUAACACUAAACGUGAUAAUCGACAUGAUCUGUCCACGUUCAAUCUGUACGGACUGCGAAGCAACCAACAACUGUUAGAAAUUUCGGUCCCUACGUGUUCCUACCGAAUGGGAGUAAUGAAAAUCGGUUACGGCUUCGCCGUGCUGGACGGAGCCACUUUGCGGUAUACCGUGCUGUGGACUUCUCAACGUUUGUACCAGCUGGCGAUAUACUCCCUGCUGAUCAUUCCACUGAAGCUACUGUGCGGACAAAUAUGGUGCAAUGUGCUAAAACGAUAUUGGUGUUGCUAUCGGAAAAGAAAUCGGAACUACCUACCAUUGCAUGCAAGUUAAAGUGAAUU